GUCACAUAAACAAGGCCGGCUUGACAAGUGAGAACGUCGCAAUUAUUAAAAUGAAGUUUACCAUUCUAUUCUGUGUACUAAUAACAGUUCAAUUUAAUGAUACACAUGGUGGGAAAGUGUUGGAGUUUCUUGAAAAGGCGCACGAAAGGGCCCAUGAAAGGACGGAAAAGGCAAGAGAUAACUUUAGAAAUUUGUUUAGUUUAAAUAAACAUAUUAACGAGACUGCAACUGAUAACAGCACGAGUCAAAUUCCAGCUGUUGGGCCAAUAACUAACAGAGAUAAUACGGCUUCUACGCAUUAUUCUGAUAAACAAACUGAGAGUGCUAUACUGUUUCCGACAGAAGAAUCGACCAGUAUUUCUAAAGAUAGUGUUACUACAACAACAGACAAAAGUGGAAGAGAAAACUUUUCCGGCGGUUGUGAUGGAUAUCAACGAACUACAGACGGCAGGUGUAUGCCUACAUUCUAAUAAUAUGAUCCACACUGAGAUAUUUCAUAAAACUAUAUUUUUUUCAUACUGAAGUCAAUUUAACCAAACAAAUCUUUAGUCAUGUAUUUUCAUUAUUAUAUAUGCAUAUUA